AAAGGGCCAAGGAGAUAAGAAUAUAUAAUGCGUCUUAGCAACGCACAAUAUUAAGAAUCGAAUAAUAUUUUCCAAUUUUCAUAUAAGAAAUCAUUUGGAUGCACCCGGCCUUCACUUAGUGCAACAUCCAAAACAAGGAACAAGCUUGAGGCAUAAUGUAUAACGGACAGUAUGGUCAUGGGCAUGGUGGCUACCCUCCACAAGGAUAUGCUCCAUCAUACCCACCUUCUGCAUACCCUCCCUCUGGAGGGUACCCUCCUGGUCCUGGUGCUUAUCCCUACCCUUCAUCUUCCCAUCAUCAUUCAGGUUAUGGAGGACUCCUAGCCGGAGGUGCAGCAGCAGCUGCAGCUGCGUAUGGCGCACACCAUAUCUCGCAUGGCGGCGCACACCAUCUCUCGCAUGGCGGCGCGCACCAUCUCUCGCAUGGAUAUGGGCAUGGUAUUGGUAUGCAUGGGUAUGGUCAUCAUGGAAAGUUUAAGCAUGGGAAGUAUAAUGGGUUUGGUCAUCAUGGAAAGUUUGGAAAGCGUUGGAAGUGAGAAUACUUAUUAGUUUGCUAUUGUCCUCUAAUAUACUCGGGUCAAUAAAAUAAUACUCCCUCUAUCUCAAAGAUAUGUUAUACAUUUUAUUUAUAUGAGUCAAUUAUUUUAGGGAACAUAUUUUUGGGAGGGAGGUAGUAUUGUGUUUUAGAGGAGUAGUUGUGUUUAUGUUUCAUGUAAGCUUAAUUCUAGUGUGUGAGAAAUGGGUCAUUUAACACUAGUGAACCCUUUGCUUAUAAAAUUAUGGAACUCUAUCUUUGACUCUUACUAGCUACUAUUUUGUGUGUGCUUGGAACUUGAAAGCAUCAAUUGCAUAGAGAUUUUUUGAUUCGACCUGAAAAUUAAUUCGAAAAUCGAGCAAAAUUUUAAUUUGGAAAAUCAACUCGAAAUCCAAAACUUGACUGAACUCGAAUAAUUCGGGAAACACGAAUUGGUUUGAUUAGGGUCAAAAAAAUACAAUACUUAUGUACUUAGACUAAGAAAAAAGGCAAAAUGACCCAACAUUAUUGGUCAGUUGCUAACUUUACCUUCCAAGUCCAACCAACCAACGAAAGAUUGAAAAAAAUAAGAUAAAUAAACAAUUUAAUUCCAAAUAUAAGAUUUGAGAAAACUUAUGAAUUUCCUGGGCCAGGACUCACAUAACAGCCCCAAAGCCCAUUCACUUUAACAUUUAAACAAUUAUCUAACAAUAGAUGAACUAACUAUAUAAACUUGUUAUUGUUUGAUUAAUCUUCCGAUGUGGGACUGUUUUCUGGAACACAUCAAAAUAAAUGAAACCAAAAAUUAGCUCACGAAUAGAGCACCGAUGUGGGACUGAGGUACUGAAGAGCACCGGGAGUGGUGAAGAGAAGCUCACUGUAGUAUGGCAGAGACUUGAAGAAGAGAAUCAGGAAUUCUUUGAGGUUUAUCACAUUCGGUUAGCAUUAAAGGAGCAGAUACAGCAGUUCAAUGAAUUGUUGAAGCAGCAAGCAAAUAUGGAGAAGAUCCAAAAUACUAGAGUUACUCCUAUGCCAGUUUCUAAUGAAUCAUGCGAGGCACAAUUCCAACAGAAUGCUGGCUGCUAUGCCAUUGAUCAGACAAGACUAUCAAUGAUGGCUGACACACUUCUUGCUCAGAACUCUAAUUCCAUGAGAUUGAUGCAUGGUUUGAAUGGAGGGAUUUUUGCUUCAGAAAGUGGCUAUCCUUCUGAUCCUACCAUUUUCUAUGAUAAUGACCCCAAUCUAGGUGAAGUGUACGCCUCCAUGGAAGGUGCAUCUAUUGCAACCUAUACUGGUAUAGGGGCAAGCUCGCAGCCGUUAAAUGAGACAUUGCUGGGUGUGAAUGGUUCAUUUGGGUUAUAUCAGAUGCUCUUUGCACAUUCGAACAAGGUUAACAGGCUACAUCCUUUCAGUUACAGUAGGAUAAGGCUACCUCAGUCCCACAUCGGUGCUCUAUUCGUGAGCUAAUUUUUGGUUUCAUUUAUUUUGAUGUGUUCUAGAAAACAGUCCCACAUCGGAAGAUUAAUCAAACAAUAACAAGUUUAUAUAGUUAGUUCAUCUAUUAUAGGAUAAUUGUUUGAAGGUCAAAGUAAAUGGGCUUUGGGCUUGUUGUUAUGUGAGUUUUGACCCAGGAAAAUAUCUAGAAAUUUUUUUUUUUUUUUAAAACUUCAUAGUCGCUGUUAGUAACAGCGACUUUCAACUUUUUAAUUUUUAUUUUAUUUCCCCUUAUUCGCUGUUAGUAACAGCGACUUACCCGAGGCUAGGCUUGGACGUACGGAAGUUUAUUUUGGGACAUAAGUUUUCCGAAUCUUAUAUUUGGAAUAAAGUAGAUAAAUAAUCACAUUUAUUUCAAAAUUUCACCAACCAACUAUCUUUUUAAGAGCCCAAUAAAAGCGUAGUAAUCGAGCAUAACAAUAAGGCCCACUAACUAAAACCACAUGUUAGAAUAAUAAAAUUAUUGCCACAUCCUAUUAACAUGACCCACCAGUUAGCCUUGCGAAGUAUGUGGCUUAGAUGAUUGAUAUAGGAAUGAUAUUAUAUAAAGUUGUUUGAAAUUGGUGUAACUUUUCAAAAGUGAAAUAUUAAUUUGUUUGAUAUAUUGGCCCUUUUUAUAAUUUAAUUUCACAACCCAUCUUCUACUUAUAAUAUUUUUUUCAUUCUUCAACUGAAUUAAACCAAAUUACUUGCAUAUUAAUAAUGACACUACAAGGAACAUAUUGAGCCUUAGUUUGGACCUAGCACGUUUUGCAAUUUUAAGCUUGUGAAUAAAUCCUCUUUGGAGUAUGCAUACUUCUAACACUUCACCAAAAUUGAAAUUUGAUCAUACUGCUCUAAGUAAAGUAAUGUAUUCAUAACAUCAUUUCUUUUUGAUUUUCUGGUUUCUAUAUUUCU